AUGAGCUCUAUGUGCUGGGGUGGGCGGAAAGCCCUGCUGCUGCUCCUCCUGGGCUUGGCCAGCCCCACCUUCAUCAGCGUGAACCGUGGGGUCAGGGUGAUGAAAGGCAGCUCUGCUUUCCUGUCAGGAGAUGACCUGAAGUUUGCCAUCCCCAAAGAGAAAGAUGCUUGCAAAGUGGAAGUUGUGAUGAAUGAGCCAAUAACCCAGAGGGUUGGAAAACUCACUCCACAGGUCUUUGACUGCCAUUUCCUUCCCAAUGAAGUAAAGUAUAUCCACAAUGGCUGCCCAAUCCUUGAUGAAGAUAUAGUGAAACUUAGACUUUACAGAUUUACUGAGACAGACACCUUCACGGAAACCUUUAUCUUGCGGAUCUAUCUCCUAGAACCAGACUGUAACAUCAUCCACAUGAGUAACAAUGUAUUAGAGGUGUCUGAAUUCUACGGUCUGUCCCGAACCAUCGAUAAGAACCUGCUUAGAUUUGAUUAUGAUAGAACAGCUAGCCUGGAAUGUACGGUCAGUCUGGACCCUGUGGUAACUCACCUUCCAGCCCACGGCCAGAUGGUUGUGAUGGAGCCUCAGUCAGAAGAGCCUCGUGGAGAUCAGCCACACAUUUUUUUCCCUGAGUCUCAACUGAAAACAGAACUCAAGUGUCCAGGUGGAAGCUGUACCCUGGGACUGAAGAAAAUAGGAAGUCUCAAAGUGAGCUGUGAGCAGUUCCUGCGGAUGGGGCUUCGAUAUCAACAUAUGGAUCCUCCUUCUCCUAACAUUGAUUAUAUCUCCAUCCAGUUGGACCUCACAGAUAGCAGGAGUCAGAUCGUAUACAAGUCAGAGAGUGCGUGGUUGCCUGUCUAUAUCAGAGCUGGCAUUCCUAAUCAGCCCCCAAGGGCUGCAUUCAUGGCCAUGUUUACUCUGGAAGUGGAUCAGUUCAUCCUGACCUCUUUGACUACAUCAGUUCUGGACUGUGAAUUGGAUGAGACCCCAAAACCCUUGCUGGUGUUCAACAUUACUAACGCCCCACUCCAGGGCUAUGUGACUCACCUGUGGGAUCAUACCAGACCAGUCUCCUCAUUCACCUGGAAAGAUCUCAAUGACAUGCAGAUUGCCUAUCAGCCACCAAACAGCAGCCAUUCUGAAAGGAGACAUUAUGAGGUGGAGUUGGAGAUACAUGACUUCUUCUUUGAAAGGAGUGCACCUAUUAUAGUACACAUCUCUGUCAGAACAGCUGAUACAAAUGCCCCGCGAGUGUCCUGGAACACAGGUCUGAAUCUUCUGGAAGGGCAGUCUCGGGCUAUCACUUGGGAACAGUUGCAGAUCGUUGACAACGAUAACAUUCAUGCUGUGCAGCUGGUGACCGUGGACGGGCUGCAGCAUGGAAGGCUCACAGUAAGAGGGGGGAAAGGAUUUCUCUUCACUGCGACUGACCUCCAGGCUGGAGUUGUUCGCUAUCAUCAUGAUGACAGUGACUCCACCAAAGACUUUGUGGUAUUCAGGAUAUUCGAUGGCCAUCAUAGCAUCCGCCAUAAGUUUCCCAUCAACAUCUUGCCCAAAGAUGACAGUCCUCCAUUCCUCAUAAACAAUGUUGUGAUUGAACUGGAGGAGGGACAGACCAUAUUGAUCCAGAGUUCCAUGCUGAGAGCGUCAGACAUGGACUCCAGUGAUGACUACAUCUUCUUUAAUAUUACAAAACCUCCUCAGGCUGGAGAGAUCAUGAAGAAGCCAGGGCCAGGACUGAUAGGCUACCCUGUCCAUGGCUUCCUUCAGAGAGAUCUAUUUAAUGGCAUCGUUUACUAUCGUCACUUUGGUGGAGAAAUCUUUGAAGAUUCUUUUGAAUUUGUCUUGGCAGAUAGCCACGAACCUCCAAAUCUCUCAGUGCCACAGGUGGUGACAAUUCAUAUCACUCCAGUGAAUGACCAGCUUCCAAAAGAGGCACCUGGAGUAUCUCGGAAUUUGGUUGUUAAGGAAACCGAGGUGGCUUACAUAACUAAGAAACAUCUACAUUUUAUAGAUACGGAAUCAUAUGACAGGGAGCUGCUCUAUACAAUAACAACUCCUCCAUUUUUCUCCUUUAGCCACAGACACUUGGAUGCUGGGAAAUUAUUCAUGGUGGACAGCAUACCACAGUUAACCAGAAAUCCUGCAGCCCCAGGCCUGAAGUCAUUCACUCAGGAUGCUGUGAACUAUAUGAAAGUGGCCUACAUGCCACCUGUGCAUGAUAUCGGCCCCCGUCUACGACACGUGCAGUUCAUGUUUUCCAUCAGUAACCAGCAUGGUGGCACUUUGCAUGGGAUCUGCUUUAACAUCACAGUUCUUCCAGUGGACAACCAAGUUCCUGAGGUUUUUACAAACCCCCUGAGAGUGGCCGAGGGGGGUCACUGCAUCAUCAGUACAGAGCACGUUCUGGUUUCUGAUGUGGAUACGGAACUGGACAACAUCUACCUCGCUCUGCAGAGGCUGCCUCAGCAUGGAAGGCUGGAGCUGAAUGGAUUUCCUCUAAACGCAGGGGGCACAUUUUCUUGGGGAGAACUCCACGCCUUAAAAGUUAGGUAUCAGCACGAUGGAUCUGAGACACUUCAGGAUGACAUACUCUGCGAGGUCACAGAUGGCACAAAUUCAGUAGAAUUUGUUCUACACAUUGAGGUAUUCCCUGUGAAUGAUGAGCCACCAAUCAUAAAGGCUGACCUCAUUCCCAUGAUGCAUUGCUCAGAGGGCGAUGAGGUGGUCAUCACCUCUGAAUACAUUUGUGCUACUGACGUGGACAGUGAUGACUUGAAACUGAUGUUUAUUAUUGCCCAAGGACCGCAGCAUGGGGUAGUGAAGACAGCUGGAGUCACAGUGGAUCAGUUCUCUCAGGGAGAUGUCCUCUCAGGGAUUGUGACAUACAAACACACAGGUGGUGAGAUUGGCCUGGUGCCUUGUUAUGAUACUAUUACAUUGGUGGUUUCGGAUGGAGAAGCAGGCCCUUUUGUGAAUGGCUGUUGCUACAAUGGACCGCAUCCAUCUGUUCCUCUUCAUGAGUCCUUUCCCAUGUAUGAUCUCAACAUCACAGUAUACCCAGUGGACAACCAACCACCUUCAAUUGCAAUAGGUACCAUGUUCGUGGUAGAUGAGGGUUUCUCAGCAGCCCUUACCAUUAACCAUUUGUCAGCCACUGACCCUGACACUGCAGCAGAUGACUUGGAGUUUGUUUUGGUUUCUCCUCCCCAGUUUGGCUACCUGGAAAACACACUCCCCUCUGCAGGUUUUGAAAAAAGCAACGUGGGCAUAAGUAUAGCUUUGUUUCAGUGGAAAGACAUGAAGGCCUUGCACAUUAAUUAUGUGCAGUCUAGGCAUCUAAGGAUGGAACCAACGGCUGACCAGUUCAUGGUAUAUGUCACAGAUGGGAAGCGACGCUCCUUGGAGAUGCCAUUUUACAUUAUAAUCAACCCCACAAAUGAUGAAGCUCCUGACUUUGUGGUACAGAAUAUUACUGUGCAUGAGGGUCAGAUGAAAGAACUGGAUUCUUCCAUCAUCAAUGCUGCUGACCUGGACAUUCCCAAAGACCACUUGCUGUUCAGCAUCAUUCAUAAACCACGUCAUGGCCUCCUCACCAAUGCGGUGUUUAGCAAAAACUUUCCUCAGUAUGAGCAGCCAGCCAACCAUGGUCAGAAGCAUGAACUUGUUCACAACUUUUCCAUGGAACAUCUCAAGAAUGGAAUGAGGUUGAUGUAUGUGCAUGAUGACUCAGAGAGCCUUGCUGAUGACUUUACAAUCCAGUUGUCGGAUGGGAAACAUAAGAUACUUAAAACCAUUUCAGUAGAGGUCAUCCCAGUCAAUGAUGAGAAACCAAUGCUGACCAAGAAGGCUGAAAUUACAGUGAAUAUGGGUGAAACUCAUAUUAUUUCUAGUGCUGUUCUUUCAGCCAUAGAUGAAGACUCACCCAGGGAGAAGAUUUACUAUUUACUUGAAAGCCUUCCCCAAAAUGGGCAACUUCACCUUAAGAUAGGGAGGGACUGGGUCCGUCUCUAUCCUGGCAUGAAAUGCACUCAGGAGGAAGUGGAUCUGAACUUGCUGAGAUACACACACACUGGGGCAAUGGAUUCCCCAAACCAUGACAGCUUCACCUUCUACCUCUGGGAUGGCGACAACAAGUCCCCUGCAUUUGACUGUCACAUCACCAUCAAGGAUAUGGAAAAAGGUGAUAUUGUCAUCCUUGCAAAACCACUUGUGGUGUCUAAAGGUGGCAGAGGUUUCUUGACGACCACCACUCUUCUUGCUUUGGAUGGAACAGACAAGCCUGAAGAAGUGCUCUACGUCAUCACCUCCCCACCGCGAUAUGGCCAGGUGGAAUAUGUCCGCUAUCCUGGAGUCCCCAUUACAAGUUUUAGCCAAAUGGACAUAGCAGGACAGAUAGUCUGCUAUGUACAUAAGAGCAAGGAACCUGUCUCCACUGACACAUUCAGAUUCAUCGUCAGCAAUGGACUGCAGACCAAGCAUGGCGUGUUUGAGAUCAUCCUGGAGACUGUGGACAGAGCCUUACCCGUGGUGACCCGGAACAGGGGGCUGAAACUGGCUGAAGGGGCCAUGGGCCUGCUUUCCCCUGACCUCCUUCAGCUGACCGACCCUGACACUCCAGCAGAGAACCUCACCUACCUUUUGGCCCAGCUCCCACAACAUGGCCAGCUCUACCUGCAGGAAACAGUGCUGCUUCAACACAAUUUCACUCAGCAGGAUAUAGACAGCAAGAAUGUGGCUUACAGGCACUCAGGAGGGGAGUCUCAGAUUGACCACUUUACUUUUGUGGCCACAGAUAGGACUAACCAAGGCUUUGUUGUGGAUGGGAGAGUGUGGCAAGAACCUGUUUCAUUCACCAUCCAGGUGGACCAGUUGGACAAAACAGCCCCCCACAUCGUACAUGUGCAUUCCCCUUCUCACAUAGCACUUCUAAAAAAUGGCUGUUAUGGAAUUUACAUCACUUCCCGUGUGUUGAAGGCAUCGGACCCUGACACCGAUGAUGAUCAGAUCAUCUUUAAGAUUUUACGAGGCCCCCAACGUGGACAUCUGGAGAACACAACAACAGGUGAAUUUAUCCAUGAGAAAUUUAACCAAAAGGACUUAAACAGUAAGACCAUUCUUUACAUCAUAAACUCAUCUUUGGAAUUUAAUUCAGAUAUCAUGGAAUUUCAAAUCAUGGACCCUACAGGGAAUUCAGCUGCUCCUCAAAUCUUGGAACUGAAGUGGUCUCAUAUUGAAUGGUCACAGACUGAAUAUGAGGUCUGUGAGAACGUGGGCAUGUUGCCCUUGGAAAUUGCCAGAAGGGGCUAUUCCAUGGACUCGGCCUUUGUCAGUGUAAAGGUCAACCAAGUGUCAGCUACAAUUGGAAAAGAUUUCACCAUGACUCUAUCUAAACUGAUUCAGUUUGACCCAGGAAUGUCAACUAAGAUGUGGAAUAUAGCAAUUACCUAUGACGGAUUAGAGGAAGAUGAUGAGGUCUUUGAAGUAAUUCUGAACUCCCCUGUGAAUGCAGUUCUUGGCACAAAGACAAAAGCUGCAGUGAAAAUUUUGGACUCAAAAGGAGGACAGUGCCAUCCUUCAUAUUCCUUCAACCCAAACAAGCACAAUGCAUGGAAGAAGGGCAUUUGGCCCCCGCUGUCCCCGGGGUCUUCCUCACCCACUACUUCUGGUUCCUUUCAUCUGGAAAGAAGACCUUUUCCAUCUUCCAAGCGGCUAGCAGUCACCAGGGGAGACACCAUGCGGGGCUUUGAUUCUACAGAUCUUUAUGGAAUAAAGCUUAGGAUGCGAGGGAAUGGCAAAACAGUUCAUCCAUCCUCUGUUUAUAGAAAUGAAACAGAUAUCAUCUAUAAUUAUCAUGGAAUGGUUUCCCUGCAACUGGAGGAUGACAGGACCCCAACUCACAAAAGGAAGACCAAAAUAUCCAUUAUUAGUCAGCCACGAAAGACAAUCAAAGUAGCAGAACUGCCUCACGCAGAUAAGGCAGAAUCCACAACUGACUCACACUUCCCCAGACAGAACCAUUGGCCUUCAUUUCCAAAGAACUGCACAAUGGAAUUGAAGGGACUCUUCCACUUUGAAGAAAGACUCCAAAAGCUAUAUAAGUGCAAUGGGGUUGCCUGGAAAGCUUGGAGCCCCCAAACCAAGGAGGUGGAAGACAAAUCCUGCCCAGCUGGGUGGCACCAUCAUUCAGGCUACUGCCACUUCUUGAUCACAGAGCAGAAAGGCACCUGGAACACAGCUGCCCGAGCUUGCAGGGAACAUCACCUGAGCAGCCUUGUAACUGUCCUCUCCAGGCAGCAUAUGCGAUGGCUCUGGGACUUCGGUGGAAGAAAGCCCUUUUGGAUAGGUUUGAAUGACCAAAUGCAUGCUGGCCACUGGGAGUGGAUCAGCAGUGAACCUGUCACCUUCACCAACUGGAGGAGAGAGCCCCCUCAACGUUCAAGGCCUGGCAAGAACUGUGUUUUGGUUCAAAAACAAGGAAAAUGGCAAAUAAAGGAUUGUAGAAAGGGCAAAGCUCACAAUUACGUGUGUUCCAGGAAACUCUAA